GCACAAUUCAACAAUGAGCUCGAUUCUCGGCGGUGGCGACAGUAAUGAGAACGCCGUUGUUUUCGACGUGUCGAAAAAUGAGAGGAAACUGAACGACGAGUUCAAAGUGCUGCAACGCAAGCUGAAGGCAAAGUGGAAAUUUAUUGAGAAUAACGAAGUGAUAUCGCAAGAAUCGCUGACAAACGCAAAAAUCUUAGUAUUACCGGGGCCAUUAGGUAAAUUUACUGAAUUAGAGAUGAAUUCUAUCCGAACCUUCUUGAAUUCCGGUGGCAAUGUUCUUGUCACACUUGGAGAAGGUGGUGAAAAUAAGUCUAACACAAAUAUCAAUUUCUUGCUGGAAGAGUUUGGCAUAAUGGUAAAUAAUGAUAGCGUAGCUCGUAUGACUUACAGUCAAACUAUGCAUCCCAAGGAAUCUUUAAUUUGCCAGGGCCUGUCAAACAAGUCCGUCUUUCUGAGAAAUCACAAUGAAUACAUCGGUAUGAAAUUCUUGUACCCUUACGGGGCGACUCUGAACGUAGUGCAGCCAUCGGUUGUCGCUUUGUCGAGCGGGUCCAUCGCCAUUCCAAUGAACAGACCUAUUUGCGCGUAUCAUUGCGUGAAGAACGGCGGCGGCAAACUGGUUGUGUUAGGUUCGUCCAGAAUGCUGACGGAUACUUAUAUUGAGAAGCAGAAUAACGACUCGUUGCGCGAGAUGAUCUUUGACUUCUUUGAAUUAAAUAUUGCGGAAACAGCGGAUCCCCACACUGAUGAUGUGGACUUUUGGGAAUAUAAUUUCGUGCCGGAUAUAACGCAACAAGCGGACAAUCCGAAAGUUUGCACCCAAGACUUGGACAACAUAGAUAUACCUCGUGAAUACACGAAACUGUUCAAACAUCACUUCUAUUCCAUCAAUCUGAACAUGAUACCGGCUAGUAUAAAGGCGUACGAAGAUUUGAGUGUGAAACAUGAGCCACUCAGCUUGAUUUCGCCUCAUUUCGAAGCUCCAUUACCCCCCACACAGGCGUCGGUAUUUCCACCGAGUUUUCAAGAAUUGCCGCCACCCGCUUUAGAGCUGUUCGAUCUGGACGAGGCGUUUAGCUCCGAUUUAUUAAAAUUGUCACAGCUCACUAACAAAUACAUGGCGACGAAGGAUUUGUCAGGUGACAAGGAACUGGAUCACUACAUCAGGGAAUUUGGAAGUAUAAUAAGAAUAAACAAUACCGAUACACAUACCGCCAAAGAGGUGUUGAAUUCAGUUUUCCAGAAAAUCUGCAGUUACAAGGCAAUGCACGAUUAACAUUGUUAUGUACAGAGAUAGUAUAAUUUUAUCUAUAUAGUUAUCUUAUAAU